AUGGACCGCGACCACCGCUCUACCGCGACGACAGGAAAUGCGCGGCGCAAUCUGCGCGUGAAGGCUGUGGAGAUGCCUCCGGAUGUGCCCGCCCGUGACACUGCUGACGACUCUGACUACUUGCUGUCUCCGCCUCCCGUGUCAAGCGAGGAGGAAUGGGUGGAUUCAGCGACCGAGACUGCGAGCAACACAAGCAGUCAGUCCAAGCAGGGCCGAUCAGAAGGCCUCACCCAUCCUCGGAGCGUUCAGGACGAGGGGCGGGACGAGGGGGAGAUCGAGGUGUUCGCGCCUCCUCUUCAACGGUCUGAGUUCGAGUCUUGGGAGGACCUGGAGAGCUACCUGAGCGAGUACAUGAAGCAAACGUACCAGAGCUUCCGGGUGCGCACGAACAAUACAGUGGCCGCCAGAAAUAACAAGAUCCGCUCCACUGGCUCUAAGAGGCCCUUGCUGCCCGUUGAGUGGGAGAACUACGGCAAGACAUUCAUCUGUACGCACUCCGGGAGGUACAAGCCACGUGGAAAAGGCAAGAGGAAGCGCCAGCAGUCCAGAGCCAUCGAAUGUGGAGCUCAGAUCAAUGCGUGUGUUCAAGUGCAAGACAAAUCUAUCCCUACGUUUGUUUUGAGGGUUACUUCGGCACGGCUAGUACACAACCACCCCCUCAACAAGCGCACAUUUUACCAAUACCCGCACGUUCGUACUGCGUUGGAGCCAGACGUGUUGAGCACUGUGAACGAGCUUCGUAAAGCCGGGGCCAAGAAAAAGCGCAUUCUCAAGUACAUACACGAUAACUCGGAAUUCAAUCCAUCGAAUCAGGAUGUGCACAACCUAGUAAGAAAGCUCAAGACGCAAGAGAACACAGCCAACACCAGUGCCAAGCGUCUCAAGCAGUGGAUGUUUGAAUUUUCGGAGGAACCUGGUAAUGUUGGCCGUAUCUUUGUCGAUUCCGUGCACAAUAAGACAUUGGCUACAUGUAUUACGCUGCAGACCAAGCAUAUGCGUGAGAUAUUCGAGCGAUUCCCGGAGGUUGUGAUGAUCGAUGCCACACACGGUACUAACGUGUCGAAGUACAAGGUUUUUUCGAUAAUGGCUCACGACGCUUUUGGCAAGGGGCAGUUUGUGCAACAUGCUAUUGUACAAAACGAGCGUCUUCCUACUCUUUUGACGGCACUUGAGGAAUUCAAGCGAAACAACACGGCUUGGACACGGAUGAAGUGCAUUUUGAUUGACAAAGAUUUUACGGAGAUUUCAGUUCUCAAAAUGGCGUUUCCAGACACUACCGUGCUACUUUGUCAAUUCCACGUCCUGAAAUAUCUGCGCGAGGAGAUUUCAAGCUCGGAUUAUGGAUUUUUGCCCUGGCAGAAGCAGCAGUUGCAUGCAAUUAUGAACUGUUUGGUGUACGCGAAGACUGAGCGCGAAUUCACAAAGUAUCGCAAGUUCAUGGGACACAUUAUCAGCAUUGGUAGCGGCGGUGCGUUGUGUGGUUCUGGAUUGAUUUCUCGCUCGGGUGAGCUGGGUGCUGGAAAUCGUGAGCUGGGUGCUGGAAAUCGUGAGUUGGGUGCCGAGUUGGGUACUAAUGGGAACAAUAUGGGAAGUAUCUGUGCCGGGAUGGGUGCUGGAGCGCAUGAAGAGGGUAUGCAGGUUAGUGGGGCUGCAAAUAGCGACGAAGAAGUGGGCGAAGAAAAUGGGGCCAACGACGCGCCUAAACAUCUAUUCGAGACCUAUUUCACCAAAAAUUGGGACUCGUGUCGGCCAAUGUGGUGCGCGUUCGAGCGACAAAAUGCUGUUACAAUGGGAAACAACACGAACAACCGGAUUGAGGCCUCUUGGAAACAGUUGAAGGAUCUCGUGGAUUCGUUUAUGGGGGUGGACGAGUGUAUUGCUUCGAUUAUGUGCUACCAGGCUCAGGAGGAGAGAAAGUUUAUGGAUGGACUGUACAAGUUGAGCAUGGUGCAUAACCCGAAGUAUGAUGCAGAGAUGCAGUUCCUAUCUAGAUUAGUGAGUGAGCAUGCGUGCGAGCUCAUUUACGAGCAGUACGUGUAUGCAACUACAAGAGCCAAGUACAAGAUCCGCGAGCCUGUGCCCGAUUUGUUUUUGAUCCAGCACACAUGUGACGAAGAGGACGCACUUGAUGAGCCAAAUAUGGAGCAUUCGGUAACGAAACGAGACUGGUCGUGCUCGUGUUUAUUCAUGAGUUCGCGGCUACUGCCAUGCCGCCAUGUGUUCUUCCUUCGGAAGACUCUCCGAUGCGAGAAUAUCAUCCCUACUCAUGUACUAAACCCGCGAUGGUUGCUGGCGUCGUUACGCACGGAAACGGAGCUGCCGCAGCUGGCUGGUGAGGCUUUUGGGGGUGUCUCCGAUCCUGCAGGAGUCAAAUGUCGUGUGGGAUUCAAACCGUAA